CUUAACCUUUUCACUGUCAAAAAAAUUAAAUUUUCGGUAUACUGUCAAUUUUUGUUUUUAUUCAUUUGCAUUAAUAUCUUUUGUGAUUAUGUUGUUUUAAUAAAUAAGAACUUAUUUAUGAAUAUAGAAUUUCGAGAAAAGAAGAAAUAAACCAAGAUGAAUGAGAAUGAAGCAGAAUAUGCCCAAAGCUUCUUCGGAAGUCAUCGAGACUACGAAGAGUAUUACGACCAAGAGUUCGUUGUGUCUGAUCCUCCUCCUCCUUUGCACGUUCCAAAUGCUCAAAUCUACUUAAACGAUUCUGCGCAUGUAAAUCAGAGAUACGAAGGAGAUACCAAUUUCAAUGAAAAUGCACAAUAUCAAGACUACAUGGGACAUUCGUCAGGAAAUAAUCAGUAUUACUGUGACCCACUGCCACAAUAUAACCAAAAUUAUGCUACAUCAGCCCAACAGAAUUACAAUAUACAACUUAAAAAAUAUUAUCGGAACAUGUGCCCCAACUAUCCAACAUUCCCUGUUCAGACAGCCCAAGAAACCAGCUCAUUAGAAGUGGAAACUUCCUUGAAUAAUUACCCCAGUGAGUCCCAAAAUAAUUAUCAGUGCACUUACCAUCGAAUGCAGGAUAAUACAACCAGCAUGGGAAAAAGUUAUAAGCCUGAGGAUAAUGUUGAAUAUUACAAUAAGAAUUAUUGGCCUCAAGAAACUUCUAAAAUUCCAAAGCCUAGGAAAUAUCCUGUUACAGUAAAAAUGCCUAAGUAUAUUAAUAAAAACCAUUGCUCUCCACAACUGAAUAAACGCCCUUCAGCCCUUAGUCUCCCUGUGGUAACCCAGCAGGAUCCAUCAGUUGUCAAACGAAGAAGCAGGACAAAUCAAAAUGUAAAGAAAAAUUACAAACCCUACCAGUCACCCACAGUUCCCCCUUAUGACCCUAAUACGUAUUCCGCUCACAAAAUGAACUCACAAGGUGACAUCAAAACUUAUGAACCCCAAGUGUUUGAUCAAGUUUUAGAUUCAUUCGAACACUUGACUAAUAACCCUCAAAACGAAAACGCGGAUGAGCUCAAAGUCAAGCAGUUUUCCAAAUUUUUAAAACCAAGGGUUCCCCAGUCUAUUAAAAUGAAGCAAGACAAGUUUGGUGCCUUAAAGACAAGAAGUGUACAGCCCAAACUGAAGCUCAGCCUGGACAAACUGCUGAAUAGACUGCAAAAGUGUGAGAUUAGUGAGAGCAAUGAAGUUUCCGAGAAGUCCAGCCAUGAUGAUGUACAACAGUCCAGUCAAGUGAAAAGUGAGAGUAGUAGUAAAAAUAAGGACACAAAGGUAACAAGCUUCAACUAUGAAAACAUAUCAAGAAAAUGCUCCCCCAGACCAUCCGAAGGCCCUAAAUCCGCACCAUCUGACGCAAAAAUCCCACAAAAGCAAGAGGAUCAACAAUUGGAUAUAAUUUAUGGGGCCCUGGAAAAAAAUACCAAAUGUCGUACUAUAAGACCCAUGGACGACCAUUGCGCCUUAGAUCUACAUAGAUCCAAGAGUUACAUCGUCGACUUGAUCGAUAGAGCACUUAGUAAAGAGCUUGGAACGGUUCCUAGAGGAUCUGUUCAUUAUGACAUAAGCCCGCAUAAGGCAAUAGCGACCAUAAGCAGACAUCGUCAAAAUACUAAUACAAAUCACAAAGGGUUAAGUUACGAAGUGACUGCUCGAUUGGCAGAGUCGGUUAUAUCCAGCGCGACUGCGCCAACUCCGGUGAAACCCGAACUGGCCAAUCAGAUCGCUGAAAGGAGCCUUAGUGAUAACCAAAUCGUUACCGAACAAAUGAGUGAAGAAUCUUAUAUAAAGCAAUUGAAACAGCUCAGGUGGGGCCACAUAAGGCAUAUUCAGCACGAGGUGAAAAAACUGGCCGAUUUGGAAGAGUUUUUGGAAAAAUGCGGUGAAAUUGAGUACUAAAUUCUAGUGUUGUCUCGAACUGUUUUUUUUUUAAUUCUAUACAAACUGGGCAAAUAAAAUUGUGCUUUUAUCUUAA